CCGGCCCGGGACACAAGAUGGCGGCAGCGGCGCUGGGGAGGGCGAGGCGGAGGCGGCAAAACGGGAGGUCGAGCAGAACGUGUAGCCGCGUCCCCGCGAGUCCGCUUCGGGCAGUUGCUGAUGCAAGGAAUUUCCUGGGCCCCCGUCCGCUCCACUGCUGACCAGCCCACCCACCUGCGCCGAGCCUGCCUGCAGGCCUCCCCCCGCCUCUGUGGCACCCUGUGACGUGGGGGUCCAUCUGCUCGGAGAAGAAAACCCUCUCAUGCUAGCGUUGCAGACCCCAGAGGGUGAGAAAAAGAGGGACCUUUUUCAGGCUUGAGACAUACGGGCUCAGCCCCAAAGCACCAGGAAUCCUUCCUCCCCAGAGAAUCAAGCUUUUUAUCCCCUUGGUUAGUGGUUCUGAACCUUUUUGUUAUCACGGCCCCUUCUGGUUGUAUGUAUGUCCUCUUGCUUCGUGCAUUUUUACUGCCAAACUGUACCGACAAGUAACCGUUUGCUUUUCCCUUUCCAAAUUAACGAAGACAUCUAUGACUGAGUGUACAAAUAAAAUUAAUGUCCCAGUGAUUCCUAUGAUGUUGUCAACAGCCAAUCAGAGCUUCUGAUCAUCAUGAGAUAAUCAGUGUGACCACAAGGAGCUGAUAAAAUUUCAGCAAGCAAAGAUAACUGAUGUUUCAACAUGCUUUUGUGCCUUUUUGUGGGUCCGGUGUGGGUGCUGAGAUGGCCAAUGAGAAUCACGGCAGCCCCCGGGAGGAAGCGUCCCUGCUGAGUCACUCCCCAGGCACCUCCAAUCAGAGCCAGCCCUGUUCUCCAAAGCCCAUCCGCCUGGUGCAGGACCUCCCAGAGGAGCUGGUGCACGCGGGCUGGGAGAAGUGCUGGAGCCGGAGGGAGAACCGUCCCUACUACUUCAACCGAUUCACCAACCAGUCCUUGUGGGAGAUGCCUGUGCUGGGCCAGCAUGACGUGAUCUCGGACCCUUUGGGGCUGAAUGCGACCCCACUGCCCCAAGACUCAAGCUUGGUGGAAACCCCCCCGGCUGAGAACAGGCCCCGAAAGCGGCAGCUCUCGGAAGAGCAGCCAAGCGGCAAUGGUGUGAAGAAGCCCAAGAUUGAAAUCCCUGUGACACCCACAGGCCCGUCGGUGCCUAGCUCCCCCAGUAUCCCAGGAACCCCAACGCUGAAAAUGUGGGGGACAUCCCCUGAAGAUAAACAGCAGGCAGCUCUCCUCCGACCCACUGAGGUGUACUGGGAUCUGGACAUCCAGACCAACGCUGUCAUCAAGCACCGAGGGCCUUCAGAGGUGCUGCCCCCGCACCCCGAGGUGGAGCUGCUUCGCUCCCAGCUCAUCCUCAAGCUUCGGCAGCACUACCGGGAGCUGUGCCAGCAGCGAGAGGGCAUCGAGCCCCCACGAGAAUCUUUCAACCGCUGGAUGCUGGAGCGCAAGGUCGUGGAUAAAGGCUCUGACCCCCUGUUGCCAAGCAACUGUGAACCGGUCGUGUCACCCUCCAUGUUUCGUGAAAUCAUGAAUGACAUUCCCAUCAGGUUAUCCCGAAUCAAGUUCCGGGAGGAAGCGAAGCGCCUGCUCUUUAAAUACGCAGAAGCUGCAAGGCGGCUCAUUGAGUCCAGGAGUGCGUCCCCCGACAGCAGGAAGGUGGUCAAAUGGAACGUGGAGGACACCUUCAGCUGGCUGCGGAAGGACCACUCUGCCUCCAAGGAGGACUACAUGGACCGCCUGGAGCACCUACGGAGGCAGUGUGGCCCCCACGUGUCAGCCGCAGCAAAGGACUCCGUGGAGGGAAUCUGUAGUAAGAUCUACCACAUCUCCCUGGAGUAUGUCAAACGGAUCCGUGAGAAGCACCUUGCCAUCCUCAAGGAAAACAACAUCCCAGAGGAGGUGGAGGCCCCAGAAGUGGAGCCCCGCCUGGUGUACUGUUACCCAGUACGGUUGGCCGUGUCUGCACCCCCCAUGCCCAAUGUGGAGAUGCAUAUGGAGAAUAAUGUGGUCUGCAUCCGGUAUAAGGGAGAGAUGGUCAAGGUCAGCCGCAACUACUUUAGCAAGCUGUGGCUGCUUUACCGCUACAGCUGCAUUGACGACUCUGCCUUUGAGAGGUUCCUGCCCCGAGUCUGGUGUCUCCUCCGACGGUACCAGAUGAUGUUUGGCGUCGGCCUCUACGAGGGGACAGGCCUGCAGGGAUCGCUGCCCGUGCACGUCUUUGAGGCCCUCCACCGACUCUUCAGCGUCACCUUUGAGUGCUUCGCCUCGCCCCUCAACUGCUACUUCCGCCAGUACUGCUCUGCCUUCCCGGACACAGAUGGCUACUUUGGCUCCCGCGGGCCCUGCCUGGACUUCUCCCCGCUGAGUGGUUCCUUUGAGGCCAACCCUCCGUUCUGCGAGGAGCUCAUGGAUGCCAUGGUCUCUCACUUCGAGAAACUGCUCGAGAGCUCACCAGAGCCCCUGUCCUUCAUCGUGUUUAUCCCCGAGUGGCGAGAACCCCCCACGCCGGCGCUCACCCGCAUGGAGCAGAGCCGCUUCAAACGCCACCAGCUGGUCCUGCCUGCCUUCGAGCACGAGUACCGCAGUGGCUCCCAGCACGUCUGCAAGAAGGAAGAAAUGCACUACAAGGCUGUCCACAACACGGCCGUGCUCUUCCUACAGAAUGACCCCGGCUUUGCCAAGUGGGGGCCGACGCCGGAGCGGCUGCAGGAGCUGAGCUCUGCCUACCGGCAGUCAGGCCGCAGCCAUGGCUCUGGCUCCUCUUCUUCUUCGGAGAACAAGGACCGGGACUCGGGCCGCGAACAGGGCCCUAGCCGCGAGCCUCACCCCACUUAACACAUCCUGCGGGGAGGAGGAGCCCCAGGGUGCUGGUAUGGACUGCUGGGACUCAGGCCUCUUGGGGCUGAGCAGACCCCAGGACCCUCCCCCUGAGGUGGCAGCGGGACUCAGGCUGCCAGUGUCAUAGGAAGAUUAUGGCUCUGCCAGGGCUCCCCCUCCCUGCCCGAACCCCCAACUCCUCACCUCAAACUCACUCCGACUCCUGUGUAAAUAGGUCCCAUCCCUUCCCUUCCUCCCCCCAAUCCCAACCAUCUUAUCGCCAUCUUGUUUCAUUUGUAAAAGGAAAUACAGAAACCCCUGUAAGAAUGCGUGAGGGUCUUGAGGGCAGAGAAGGUGAAGAACCUGGAGUUAGUCCUGGAACCACACCCUCUACAUUGAGGCUCACCUUCUUAGGAUCCCCUGGGUCUUACACCCCAA